AUGGACUCUGAGAAGGCUUCACACUCAGGAAGGAAUACCAGUGGGUUGUACCUUGCAGGUACUUUGCAGGAUUCUGUUCUAGUUCCACUGUAUCAAGGUGUGAGUGACAUCAGAAGCCAUGCCAUGGUGAAUGCAGGGGUCACUGUCCCCAGACCAGGAAAGGAUGCAGUGACCUGUGAUGAUGUGCAUGUGAACUUCACUUGGGAGGAGUGGGCUUUGCUGGAUCCUUCCCAGAAGAAUCUCUACAAAGAUGUGAUGCUGGAGACCUAUUGGAACCUCGCUGAUGUUGGCUAUGAUUGGGAAGACCAUAAGACUGGACAUUGUCAAAGUCUUGGAAGACUUGAAAGGCAUAAGAGAACACGUUCUGGAGAGAAACCCCAUGGCUAUAAUCAGUGUGGUAAAGCCUUUUCGUGCUAUGGUAGUCUCCGAUUACAUAAAGGAACACACACUGGAGAAAAACCCUACCAGUAUAAUCAAUGUGAUAAAGCCUUUUUACAACACAUUCAUCUACAAGGCCAUGAAAGAACACAUACUGGAGAGAAACCCUAUCAAUGUAAUGAGUGUGGUAAAGCCUUUUCAGGAAAGAGUAGUCUCCAAAGACAUAAAAGAGCACAUACUGGAGAGAAGCUCUACAAAUGUAAACAAUGUGAUAAAGCCUUUUUACUAAACAUUUAUUUACAAAGCCAUGAAAGAACACACACUGGAGAGAAACCCUAUAAAUGUAAUCAAUGUGGUAAAUCCUUUUUACAACACAGUCAUCUCUGGGUACAUAAAAGAACACAUACUGGAGAGAAGCCCUAUGAAUGUAUCCAGUGUGGUAAAGCCUUUUCUCUUCAAGGCAAUCUCCAGGCACAUAAAAGAACACAUACUGGAGAGAAACCCUAUGAGUGUAAUCAGUGUGGGAAAGCCUUUUCAGCAAACAAUAGCCUCCAAAACCAUAAAAGAACACAUACUGGAGAGAAACCCUAUCAAUGUAACCAGUGUGGUAAAGCCUUUACCCAAAAUAGUCACCUACAAAGACAUAAAAGAACACAUACUGGAGAGAAGCUCUACAAAUGUAAACAAUGUGAUAAAGCCUUUUCUCUAAACAUUUAUUUACAAAACCAUGAAAGAACACAUAGUGGAGAGAAACCCUAUGAAUGUAACCAAUGUGGUAAAUACUUUUUACAACACAGUCGUCUCUGGAUACAUAAAAGAACACACACUGGAGAGAAACCCUAUGAAUGUAACCAGUGUGGUAAAGCCUUUUCACAUCAAGGUAAUCUCCAGGCACAUAAAAGAACACAUGCUGGAGAGAAACCCUAUGAGUGUAAUCAGUGUGGUAAAGCCUUUUCCCAAAACAGUAACCUCCAAAGCCAUAAAAGAACACAUACUGGAGAGAAACCCUAUGAAUGUAUCCAGUGUGGUAGAGCCUUUUCCCUUCAAGGUACUCUCCAGAAACAUCAAAGAACACAUACUGGAGAGAAACCCUAUGAAUGUAAUCAGUGUGGUAAAGCCUUUUCAUUUCAAGGUACUCUUCAGAAACAUCAAAGAAUACAUACUGGAGAGAAACCCUAUGAAUGUCUCCAGUGUGGUAAAGCCUUUUCCCUUCGAGGUACUCUCCAGAAACAUCAAAGAACACAUACUGGAGAGAAACCUUAUGAAUGUAUCCAGUGUGGUAAAGUCUUUUCACAACAAGGUAAUCUCCAGAAACAUCAAAGAACACACACGGGAGAGAAACCCUAG